GCAUAUUUUCAGCUUUCACUAAUUUAUAAAAUCCAAAUGCGCUUCCUUAUAAAACCAAGUCAUGUUGUUGAUGUUGGUUUUGUUGCUCUAAAGAGGUACAUGAUCGUAGUAUUUCCCGGCUAGUCAAAACUGCUUGCUUUCUUUCGCUUGAUAUAUCUUUUCCGAUUCUAGCGAUAAAUAUAUCUACAUUUGGCCCUCUCCCUUCGGCUGGGCGGUGCGAGACAUGGGGAGGGCGCCCUGCUGCGAAAAGGUUGGGUUGAAGAAGGGGAGAUGGACCACGGAAGAGGAUGAGAUUUUGACCAAGUAUGUUCAAGCUAAUGGAGAAGGGUCCUGGAGAUCGUUGCCCAAGAACGCUGGAUUACUGAGGUGUGGGAAGAGCUGCAGACUACGGUGGAUUAACUACUUGAGAGCUGACUUGAAGAGGGGAAACAUUACCGCCGAAGAGGAAGAACUCAUCAUUAAUCUCCAUGCUACUUUGGGGAAUAGGUGGUCUUUGAUUGCUAGCCACUUACCAGGGAGAACAGACAACGAGAUAAAGAAUUACUGGAACUCUCAUUUGAGUAGAAAAAUCCAUAGCUUUAGAAGGCCGUCCUGUCAAAGCUUGCCCGUGAUCUUGGACAUGACCAAGGUCGGUACUGCUAAGCGGAAAGGCCGUAGAACAAGUAGAUGGGAAAUGAAGAAAACCAAAAGCUACGGUACCCAGGAAGUUGCAGGUAGUUCUUCCCAGAAAACUGUGGAAAACGUUUUUGUUAAUGAAGUUGUGCCAUUGCCCACUCCAAUCUUAGAAAAAGAAACCUUGUCCACUACUGCCAUAGAAGAUCGCAUGGCACUUGAUCCAUAUGGAGAAGAUAAGGAGAGAAUGAUCCCUGUUCGACCGAGUCCUGGUCAAGACACCGGAGAGGGAAUGUUGGGGUCAAGCGAGGAGAGAGAGCGCCUGGUUUCUAUGUCUAGCUCCGGUGAGGAAAGAACCAUAGAGAAUUCAAUGCUAUGCACUAGUGGUAACGCCGAGACAGAGACUGACGUAGCACCGUUUGAAAAUAUUGAAAGCGGUGGGAUGCUAUGUUUUAAUGACAUUAUGGACAAUGAAUUGCUAGAACCAAAUGGGGAUUUGACCUUAAGAGAGUGGGGAGAGAACAAGGUCACUGUUAAUAUUGAGGAGAGAGAGAACAGUGGACUUUUGAGUCCAAAUCAAACGGCUGCAAAUAAUGAGGAGAUAGAGAGUGGAAACUUGACCUCUAACGUAGAUUGUGGGGACUUAAAUUCCUGUUCUUCAAUAACCUCGUGCUUCGUCGAUGAGUGUAGUAUUGAUAAUAAUCUUGAUUGGGGCUGGGAGCGUUUAGUUCAAGGAAACGAGCUUUGGGAUGAGAAAGAGUACAUGCCAUCAUGGCUAUGGGAGAGCGAAGCUGAUGGGAAAGGAGAAAGACAUAAAUUGGAAGACAAGGAAUUUGAGAGGCAAAAUUCCUUGGUUGCUUGGCUUUUCUACUAAUGCUCUCAUCCCUCUGUUACAACCUUUUCCCUUUUUCAUUUUUUUUGGUUUGUCCAUUUAGAUUUGACAGUGAGCUAGACUGUAGCAACAAAUCUGUGUCGUUUUUUAUUUUUUUUUUUGUGUUUUUGUUUGUCUCCUGAAUCCUGAUCAUGCUCGUUUUUGUUUUCCUAUUCCAUUUUGUUUGUAACAAAAUUGAUAAUGGAGAACAUUAGUUCAAAUAAUUUUAUCA